AUGCCUCUGAAAGGGGGUCCAUGGGACCCUGCAGCAGGACCAGCAGCACUAAUAUGCCAAGCAGCACAACUUCAGGAGAUAUCAGUCCAAGGAGAUCAGCCCUCCAGUUGCUACUUAGUUAUCCACGCGUACACUGCAGCCCGGCAACAGCAGCAGCAACAGCAGCAGGAUAUUAGCCACAUUUCUGAGGGGCCUCCCGACAGAAGACGGAGCAUCACCCCUCCAAGGGCCCACAGCCCCACCGAGGGACUGGCUCUCACACCGUCUACAACGGCGCACGCACAAUGCAUCGCCAGUAGCAUCGGCAGCGGAAGCUUCGCGGCGGCUGCCGAACUGCUGAGUGAGGACUUAGGUCAGCUUUUGACCCAAGCAGAAACUCGUAUUGCGGCAGACACCCGCCGCCACAGUGUCUGGCAUGCUGUGCACGUAUGCACCUGCUGCGCGCACAACGAGCAACAGCAAGAGCAGCAGCGGCAGCACGUUAGCCAUGGAGACAUGAGUGGCAGCAGGACUGACGGCCUGGAGGCACACGAAUCUCCCAGUGCGCAGCCACCGAAUCAUUCGGGAGAACAGCAACAGCGGAAAGAACAGCAGCAGCAGCAACACCUGUGGGCUGUGUACCUUUGGGAAGGAUUAGAGGCCCCUCGUUAUAUUUUGGAUCACGCACGACUACGCACGCUCCGUCUCGUGGAGGCUCUGGAGAGUUGCGAGCAAAGGGGGGUGCCCAUCUCGCCUGUGGUGCUGUUGCCUUGGGCCUCCUUUGCUGUUCUACGCUCGCAGCUGGAGGGGCCCCGCUGUUGGCCUACAGUGGAAGUGCGCAGCCUAGCCUAUGGGGCUUCCCCGUCUAUUCCAGCUGUUUCUCGGACUGCUGUUGCAGCUGCGCAGGCAGCGGUAGCACCGGAGUCGUCACGAGCACCAACCGCAGCAACAGCCGCAGCAGCAACAGCAGCUCCACUGACGACAUCUUCCCAGGGGGAAGACGACGUUGUUGCUACAUCUCCCGGAGGGAGCGUUCAACAGGCACAGUGGCAGUGGCAGCAGCAGGAGAAACAACAGAGUCAGCACGAGCAGCAACAGCAGCAGCAGGAGCACCGGUCCGCCCACACUGCACCUUUCGUGCCCCGCCUGGCCCUUCCUAGCAAGGUCCUACCGCGCCUCCAAUUGCAGCCGCAAGGGAGCAGCCCUAAAAUGGAGGAACCCCUACCUCACAGCGGCAGCGUUUCAAAUCGCAGGAGCCCCCUGAGCAGGGGAGGCCCCCAGCGUGAUACUGCUGACUUGCCUGGCAGCGAGAGCAGCUCUUUGGCUUCGUCUGUCUCUGUUUCCCCUGUCUCAUCCUCGGGCGAAGUGUCCCCUGCGGAACGGCAACAGCAGAGGGCUCCCAGUGGACCCCUUCGAUUUCAAGGGGGCCUUCGCUUACAGGGUGUCCCCAAGCUAGCCAUUCCGAGACUGGGGGGUGGUGGAGGGCACUCUCCAAGUUCCGCAGCAGCGAAUACCGGGGGAGAAGCAGCAGGGGCUUGCUUGAGCUCCCAAAGGAGGGGCAGCGGAGGCAUCUCGCCGUCGGUCUUUCAGGAGGGAGAUGCACUGAAUAGCCGCCCCAAAGGAGGGGCAGCGGAGGCAUCUCGCCGUCGGUCUUUCAGGAGGGAGAUGCACUGA